CCACGCCUCCAUCCGGGCCCCGUCCCUUUAAGGGAAGUGAAUCCGGACCGCGGGCGCGGCCGGCGUGCGGCGUGGCCCUCCGCGGGCGUGGCCCUCCGCGGGCGCGGCGCGAGGCUCGGCGAGGCGGGAGGCGGCUCCAGGCCGCGGCGGUCCCGAGGCGGCCAGUGGGACGACCUGGAGAAGAGGACCCUGAGGUGCUGGUGUCCAGUUCUGAGCAGCUGUUGGAAGUCCACUGAGAGGACCAGAGAGGAGGCGCCCAGACGGCCUGUGGGUGACCGCACCAUCCGCUGUGGUCUCUGCUGCGCGUUCUGAGACCCAGGUGCCACCAAGAUGUCCAAUCCAUUCCUGAAGCAAGUGUUCAACAAGGACAAAACUUUCCGGCCCAAGCGCAAGUUCGAGCCCGGCACGCAGCGCUUUGAGCUCCACAAGCGCGCGCAGGCGUCCCUGAACGCGGGGCUGGACCUGCGGCUGGCCGUGCAGCUGCCACCGGGCGAGGACCUCAACGACUGGGUGGCCGUGCACGUGGUGGACUUCUUCAACCGAGUCAACCUCAUCUACGGCACCAUCAGCGACGGCUGCACUGAGCAGUCGUGCCCGGUCAUGUCGGGGGGCCCCAGGUACGAGUACCGCUGGCAGGACGAGCAGCACUUCCGCAAGCCCACGGCGCUCUCGGCGCCCCGCUACAUGGACCUGCUCAUGGACUGGAUCGAGGUGCAGAUUAACAACGAGGACAUCUUCCCCACCAACGUCGGCACACCAUUCCCCAAGAACUUCCUGCAGGCGGUGCGCAAGAUCCUGUCGCGGCUGUUCCGGGUGUUUGUGCACGUGUACAUCCACCACUUCGACCGCAUAGCGCAGAUGGGCUCCGAGGCGCAUGUGAACACCUGCUACAAGCAUUUCUACUACUUCGUCACCCAGUUUGGCCUCAUCGACCCCAAGGAGCUGGAGCCCCUGAAGGAGAUGACCUCACGGAUGUGUCACUGAGGGCCCAGCUGGGAAGUCCACAUCAGCUUUGUACAGCCUGUGUCUCAGGAGCGUCGUCCCUGCGUGGUGACUGUGAGCCCUCCAACUGACCUGUCCCCUUGCCUGUCUGCAGGGGCCUGAACUUGAAUUCUGUAACACGGUGUGCUCUCAGCUACCGGGUUCACACUGUGUUUGUACCAGAGCCUCUGGCAUGAGGCAGGAUCUGGAGCCAUUGCCAACCGCCCUUGACCCUCUCCACGUCUGUCCAGCCUUGCAGCCACGGCCUUGCCAUGUGUGGCCUCAACUCCGUCCCCCUCUUUCCACAUGGCAGCUGUUGUGCCUCUGAAGAUGUACUAACGUGCCAUGGCCUCCUCUGCCCAGGCCUGCCUUCUGGAUACACUCUGGUCAUCAGGCAUCGCCAGAACUUUCCACUCCCUCUGCCUAGCACUUGUGAAGGUACCUCUCCAGCACCCCCGGGCAGGACUCCCAGUAUCAAGUGUCUGAGGUGUCUGCAGGGUCAGGGUACACAUGCAUCAUGCCUGUGGUCCUAGAGCUCUGGAGGCAGGUGCAGGGGAAUUGUUGCAAGUUCAAGGCCACUCUGGGCCUCCACUGAGUCAGGCCCCCAUGGUCUCCUAACAAGACUGUCUUUAAAAAAAAAUGUAAAAGAAAACCGGGCAGUAGUGAUGCACA